AUGAAGACGGUAAUAAAAGAGAACAAAUUAAAAUAGCCUUGGUGGGUGAUUCUGCGGGUGGAAACUUUGUGGCCUCGGUCAUGUAUAAAAUUCUUGAAUCUCCAACGAAGCUUCCACAUCCUACUGGUCUUGUCCUUAUAUAUCCGUGUUUGAAUUUUAACAUUACUUGUUGGAUGUCUCCAUCUCAACUCUCUGUUAUCAGGGCCGAAUCAACUCAUUCUAUCCCUGGUGUGCUAGAGUCAAAAGAUCACUUAAGCCACAAGAGUCCUUUGGCUGUAGUUCCUGAUGUUAAGAGGAAAAGGUGGAGAAAAAGUUCAAGGGAUGACGACAGGACUAUUGAAGAACGUGUUCAAGUGAAUAAUAAUGCGACCGAUCAUGACAAAAAUCCACGUUCAGUUAUCGGAACACGAUUGGCGAUGACUAGCCGUAUGAGUUACUUUAGCGACAGACUUAUAAACCCCGAUUUGAUGCGUGCAAUGGCUAUACUUUAUCUUGGCCCUAACAACUAUCCUGAUUUUGAUUCAGAUUACUUACUUUCACCCAUUGUCGGCCCCGAUGAAUUGUUGGCACAAUUUCCGAAAACUUACCUUUUAUGUGGUGAAAAGGAUCCUUUUGUUGACGAUACCGUAGUUUUUGCAGGUCGAAUACGUGAUGCUAAGCGAAGGAAAAAACAGUUGAGCAACGGAGGAAAAUUUGGUGAAGGACUGAGGAUGAGUGACUUAGAUAAGGAGGAUAAAUCUACUGAUUUGGAAAAUUGUGUUGAGGUUAAAAUUAUUCAGGGCGUUAGCCAUGCAUUUUUCCAAAUGAUUCAAUUGUUACCAGAAAGUAAGGGAGCAGUGAAA